AUGAAGCUCGUCAGGUUUCUUAUGAAGCUCAACAAUGAGACGGUGUCCAUAGAGCUGAAGAAUGGCACGAUUGUACACGGGACCAUUCUCGGGGUGGACAUCAGCAUGAACACCCACCUUAAAACAGUGAAGCUUACAGUCAAGGGCAAAAACCCAGUGGCCCUGGACCAUUUGAGUUCAUCUGUUUCCUCCUUUCUUUCCUCCUCUCUUUCAUCCUCUCUUUCCUCCUCUCUUUCCUCCUCUCUUUCCUCCUCUCACAUCUCUCAUGCACAGGUCAUGAGCUGCCAAGACGGAUCAAACAAACCGGCACUCGCCGAAUCCCAGUCUCCUGUGACGACACCUGUCGGCACACGAUUGGCUGGUUCCAUUGGCCAGCCAAGCUAUGUCACAGCGGGUGCAGCGGCCAGUGCUGUUUUCGGCGGUGGUGAUGGGCUAGAUAGUGUUGCUGUCGCUGCUGCUGCCGCUGCUUCUGGUGUUAGUGGCGGGCUAGGUAAUGCUGCCGUCCCUGGUGUUGGUGGGGGGCCUCUUGCUGCUGGUGGUAGUGGUGGGCUAGGUAACUCUCGUGUCUCUGGUGUUGGUGGGGUUGCUGCCGCUGCUGGUGGUAGUGGCGGGCUAGGUAAUGCUGCCGUCCCUGGUGUUGGUGAGGGUUCUUCUGCUGCUGCCGAUGAAGGUUUGUUGAGCUUUCUUUGCAAUACUGCCUUGCUAAUGGUGUUGGUGAGAGUGAUGGCACUGCAACCAUAUCAGCUAGCCAUGCCACCAGGGUUCUGA